AUGUCUUCGGCCGAUAGUAACUCCCUCCCCAACUCCAUAGGCUUCAUAGGCCUUGGAGCCAUGGGGAAACCCAUGGUCAUCAAUCUUGUCAAAAGGCUCCCUGUUGGAUCGCAUAUUUUCAUUCACGACGUCGUAGCCGCCGCCGUGGAAGAGGUCUGCGCCUCGUUUCCUGAUGCUAUUGUCAAGUGUGCCAAUGCCAAGGAAGUGGCAGAAAAAUCGGACGUCAUACUCACGAUGCUCCCCGAAGGCGCCCACGUCAAAUCAGUCUAUCUUGACCCAGCCACUGGGAUCGCCGCCGCCCUCUCUUCCUCCUCCUCCUCCUCUACCGCCAAGCUACUACUCGACUGCUCCACUAUCGACACCGCCACCAACCUGCAUGUCAAGGAACAACUCUCCAUAUCCUCACCCACAACUUCCUUCUACGACGCCCCCGUCAGUGGCGGCGUUAUCGGAGCCGUCAACGCCACCAUGGCCUUCUUCCUCGGCUGCUCCCCUUCGGACCCCAACAUCCCCCGCCUAACCGCUUUGCUCCAAACCAUGGGUGGUAAGGUGAUCCCCUGCGGCGGGCCCUCGCUCGGCCUCGCAGCGAAGCUAUCCAACAACUACCUCUCCGGCAUUAUCACCAUCGCGUGCUCCGAGGCCAUGGACAUGGGAAUGCGCGCGGGCAUUGAUGCCGACGUCCUGGCGUCAGUCUUUGCGGCCGGUACCGCACAAAACGCCAUCUGUGAUGUGUUCAACCCUGUGCCGGGCGUGUGUCCCAAAGCGCCAUCGUCGAACGGGUACCAAGGUGGGUUCCGUGUGCAGCUAAUGAGGAAGGAUAUUGGACUGGCGGUAGAUAUGGCCAGGAGGCUAGGUACGAGGAAUGCCUUGGGCACGAGUGGUUUGGGGGUGUUCACGGCGGCGAGCGAGGCGGCGGAUUGCAAGGAUUUGGAUUCGAGGGUCGUGUAUCGGUAUUUGGGGGGUAAGGAGGACUGGAAGGAAAAGAAGUGA